GCGCUAUCAGCAACUAACAGGUAGAUAGCCAAAAAUUCUUGGGAAAGUUCAAUUGCGACCUGCAUUUUAUUUUUCUCUCGGUUUAAUAUCCAUUUCAAACCUUACAACAAAAGACAUAACAUAAGAUAUAUAAUCCAAUCAAUCUUGCGAAUAUAUUUCUUCUUGAUCUACAAAAGACACACAAUCACCAGCUCAUUCGGACAAUCCUCAACAAUGGCCCAGCCAUCCAAGCCCAAGCUCGACGUCGCAGUCACCAAGCCCACGCCGUACACCUUCGACCUAGGACUUCUCCUAGCCAACGACCCCAACCCUCUUUCCACAUCCGUACCGCCCCCCGAAGCAACAGCAGACUCCAACAUCGACAGCAGCAGAAGUGCCCUGGAAGCCCAGCUCGCCGCCACCGCCCGCGACGGCGCGCAAGCCCUGAUCAACCAGCUGCUCACGACGCUGCCCCUCGCGGCCACCACGUCCGGUGUCCUGCUGACCCUGCCCAAGCCCUCGACCCCUCUGCCGCGCGAGAAGCCGCUGCCGGCCGCCAAGCCGCCGACGAAGUGGGAGCAGUUCGCGGCGCGCAAGGGCAUCAAGCCGAAGACGCGGGAGCAGCGGCACGCCAAGUCCCGCCAGUACAACGAGGAGACGGGCGAGUGGGAGCGCACGUGGGGCUACGACAAGGGCGGCGCCAAGAAGCGCCGCGAGGAGGGCAUGGUCCAGCAGGACUGGCUCGUCGAGGUUGACGAGAAGAAGGACCGGGAAGAGAAGGCCGCCAAGGACAAGAAGAAGAGGAGAAAGGCUUGAUCUGUAGUGGACUGGGGACGAAUAGCGCAGAGGAAAUCAGAGGAAAUCACAGGUGGCAGGCGGAAUAACCUAGCCAAUGUUAGGACAUACGAGGCUAGUGGCAAUGGUAACUUGAGGGACACACUGUUGAUACCCACGCAUUUUUGAGUCGCAAUAGACACGCGGGAGUUUGGCGUUUCUAGCCUAUCUUAGGGGAUUUUGCGGGCUUGGGCAAAUUUAAUUUGGUUUUGCGCAACUUCCAUCCAACAUAUGGUACAGAUUCUUUUCUAGCCAUUCAUGUUCUAAAAACUCUGACGCUGCGUUUUUAUACCAUUCUCAACCAGCCCUUUUCUUCCUGGAAACAAACACACGAAACUUUCGCUGUAUAGCCAAAGUAGAAAAUUCGUUAUGCUAGCACCUAGGGUGCACGGCUAUAGUAAUCCAUGUG